UUUCUUGUUAGUUUUGUUAUAUAUAACUUUCCUCCAGAUUUCUAAACCCUUUUUUGGGCCCAGUUUUUAAAAAUAAAAAUACAGGAGUUGGUGACGAACGACCGUUGCAAUGUCUGAAUCCAAAGCUCAAGACGACAUCGACAAGGAGGCUUUUGAGCAAUGGAAAUCAAGGUGGAACAAAAAGUACACUACCUCUAAAGAGGAGAAGAUUAGAUUCGAAAAGUUUCAAAAAAAUCUCCGUCUAGAAGAGGCUAAUUCUGGUAAUUCAGGACCAUCAGAACCACCUUGGACGGCUUUGGACACUCAUGCGGACGGUAUUCCUUUUGAGCAGUACAGGGUAGAGAUCCUGGGACUGGAACCGGACAAUCCUGAGGAGCGCAUUGUUUCUGAUUCUGAUAGUGAGGAGCGUGAGAUUUUUAUGAAGGGCUAUGGUAAGGCUCAUUAUGGAGUCAAAGAUAAGGAUGGUAAAUUCCAGCUGAAGUUUAUUUACACAAAGAAUCUGAGAGAUACUAGUGAUAAAGAUUCCUGGUAUGUGCCGCCUGUUGACAACGGCCAAUAUUCAGAACUAAUGACUUUGUACACAAAGAAUCUGAAAGGUCCAUUUCCCUGGUGUGUGCCGCCUGUUGACAAAGGCCGAAGUGAUCAUGAAAUAGAUGAUACCAAAGAGGAGGAGGAGCAUGUUACAGCCAAACGUCAAAGUGGUCGUAAAAAAGAUGAUACCAAGCAUGUUACAGCCAAACGCCAAAGUGAUCAUGAAAACGAUGAUACCAAACGCCAUAAAUCAGGCUGUGGAGGAGGAGAGGAUGCUGCAAUGACUGUGGAACCAGAACAGUGAGUGAAAGGUUGUAGAAAUGGGCAAGUUAUUAAGUAGUGGGUAGGAUUCAGUCUUUCAGUUGCAAAUGCUAUAUUUUACCUUUUAAUGUUGAACUUCUACACUCGGGUUUACAGAAGCAACGGUUAGGACAUCUUUAUAAUUAUAGUUUAG